AUGGGCUCUAGCUCCAGCUCGCCCAUUGCGAAUCUGAUGGAGUUUGUGCUUGAUAAUGGACUCAUAGGAGUCCUUUUUUACAUCCCACUGAUGAAAAGAUACGUGGAUGACAUCAUCUGUUCGGUGCCUGAAGACAAGGUAACUUACCUCCUAAACAAGUUCAACUCCCAACACAACCGCAUACAAUUUACUCUAGAGGAGGAAACCAACAGAAGUGUCCCUUUUUUGGACACAAGGGUCAUCAGGGCAUCUGAUAACAAGCUGAUCCUUGACUGGUAUCAGAAACCUUCCGCUUCAGGAAGAUAUUUACACUAUCUUUCCAAUCAUACACAUUCGCAGAAAGUAAACAUGGUGUUGGGGUUAAAAAAUCGCAUCUUGAGAAUUUCCCACCACUCCUUAAGGCAGAAGAACCUCAGACUCUUACAUCAGUUGAUGAUGGAGAAUGGAUACCCCAGAAAUCUAUUGAAUAGGCUAAUUUACAAUUCCAAUUCCAGUCCACCUGAACGACAACGAAAUGGAGACACGAGCGCAUUCGCCACAACAGACGUCAACCUUCUCUAUUCAUCCAUUCCGUUGGUCAAGGGUCUAACCAAUGCAUUGAUCAGUCUCCUAAGAACCUCAAACGUGAGAUUGAUACCCCGAUCGGAGUUUAAGAUUGAUAAACUUUUUAGUCGCACAAAAGAAAGAAUCAACACCAUGAACAAGAGUGGCGUAGUAUAUUUAGUCCCUUGCUCUGUAUGUGAGGAGGUUUACAUAGGCCAGACAUCACAACAAUUAAAGAAAAGAUUGACACAGCACAAGAGCGACAUAAAAAACCCCAAAAAGAUUUGUGCAUUGGCCGACCAUACCAGGAACAGGGAUCAUCUCAUGGACUAUGACUCUGUCCAGGUCCUUGACUGUGAGCGGAAUGGAAGCAAACGAUGUUUCCUAGAAAUGUACCACAUCAUACGACAGGUCAAUUCUAUGAAUUAUAGAAGAGACAUCAAUAAUAUCAGUAGUAUCUACACAUACUUGAUCCGUUUCGGCCAACUCAGUGAGAGUGAGGUGGCGAGGCCACUAAGUGGAGCUGAAAUGGGUACACUGGAUGGUGGAUGA